AUGAAAUUUUUUCAGCAAACAACAUGUAGAGACUGCUCGAAUAGAGGAUGUUUUUGUGUCGGAGAAAAGGGCAGUAUGGGUAUGCCAGGCCCACAAGGACCUCCUGGUGUGCAAGGCAUACGAGGCUUUCCCGGUCCAGAAGGCUUGCCGGGUCCUAAAGGACAAAAAGGAGCUCAAGGACCACCAGGACCACCAGGAAUGAAGGGUGAUCGAGGUAUGAUUGGUGUUCCCGGAUUCCCAGGAAAUGAUGGAGCUAACGGGAGGCCUGGAGAACCAGGACCACCUGGAGCACCAGGUUGGGAUGGUUGUAAUGGCACUGAUGGUGCACCGGGUAUACCAGGCUCACCUGGACCACCAGGCAUGCCUGGCUUCCCAGGGCCUCCGGGAGUACCAGGUCAAAAAGGUGAACCAGCUAUCGGCUAUGGUGGCGCGCCAGGUGAAAAGGGAGAUGCAGGCAUGGCAGGAAUACCUGGGCUACCUGGGCCACCAGGACGAGAUGGAUUCCCUGGAGAAAAAGGUGAUCGUGGUGAUGCUGGAGCACCGGGACCAAGAGGACCUCCUGGCGAACCUGGCUUACCAGGGAAUCCAGGAAUUGGCAGCAUCGGGCCUAAGGGUGAUCCUGGUGAUGUUGGUCAAAUGGGUCCACCAGGACCCCCGGGUCCGCGCGAAUUCACCGGUUCAGGCUCAAUCGUAGGUCCGCAAGGAUUGACAGGCGACAAAGGAAAUAAGGGACCACCAGGCCCAGUACCCUCAACAGGGGCAAAAGGUACUAUCAUUGGACCAGAGGGCGCCCCAGGAAUGAAGGGAGAGAAGGGAGAUCCCGGAGAACCAGGACCACGGGGUUAUCCAGGAAAUCCAGGACUUCCCGGGCAACCUGGACUACCAGGCAUAAAAGGUGAAAAAGGUUUAUCGGGACCAGCUGGACCAAGAGGCAAAGAAGGAAGACCUGGUUUAUCAGGACCACCCGGGUUCAAAGGCGAUCGAGGGCUUGAUGGCUUACCUGGCUUGCCUGGGUUGCCAGGCCAAAAGGGCGAGCCCGGUUUUCCAGGCAGAGAUGGUUCAAAAGGUGCAAGAGGACCACCGGGACCACCAGGGGGUGGAGAAUAUACCGAUGGGCCACCAGGGCCUCCAGGGCUUCCAGGACGCGAAGGGCAACCGGGCCCACCGGGUUCAGAUGGGUUUAUGGGGCCACCAGGUCCACAGGGCCCACAAGGGCUUCCUGGCGGGCCUGGUUUGCCUGGAUUACCGGGAAUGGAAGGUUUACCUGGACCAAAAGGAGAAAAAGGAGAUAGCGGAAUCCCUGGAGCACCAGGAGUACCGGGACCGCCAGGGUUGCCAGGUGCACCUGGUCCCAAAGGCGAGCCUGGACCACGAGGCUUGGAUGGACAGAGUAUCCCCGGCUUGCCUGGCAAGGAUGGACGUCCAGGCUUGGAUGGAUUACCAGGAAGGAAAGGAGAAAUGGGUGUGCCAGGUGUAAGAGGGCCACCUGGCGAUUCGCUUAAUGGGCUACCAGGUCCACCUGGGCCACGAGGACCUCCAGGACCUAAAGGUUAUGAUGGACGAGAUGGAGCACCAGGUUUGCCUGGUUUGCCAGGCCAGAAGGGUGAAAGAGGAGGGACAUGUUCGCUUUGUGCACCUGGAGCAAAAGGAGAAAAAGGAACAAGUGGAUAUCCUGGACUGCCUGGUCCUCAAGGUGAACGUGGUUUGCCUGGCACUCCUGGAGCACCCGGAAUGCCAGGCGACGAUGGGAUACCUGGUUCACCAGGUAGACCAGGACCACCAGGUCCACCCGGACAAGAUGGUAUUCCAGGCUCUCCCGGUCAAAAAGGCGAACCAACUCAGCUUGUACUGAGGCCUGGACCUCCUGGCUAUCCAGGACAGAAAGGUGAACCUGGUUUCCCUGGUCUACCUGGACAAGAUGGCUUACCUGGCAAACCCGGAUUGGAAGGACCCCCAGGCCUGCCUGGAUUACCUGGCGCUAAGGGCGAACCAGGACUCCCGGGCUUAAUGGGGCGACCAGGCAAAGAUGGUAUACCAGGCCUGCCGGGCCUUAAAGGAGAGCCAGGAUUCGGACUUCAAGGACUUCCCGGACUACCUGGUAUGAAAGGUGAACCAGGCUUUCCAGGCCUUCCCGGACCGCCAGGACUGAUGGGACCAAUGGGCCCUCCUAUACCUGAAAGCCAGCUAAGACCAGGACCUCCUGGCAAAGAUGGACUUCCUGGUCUGCCUGGCAUGAAAGGUGAACCAGGCCUGCCGGGUCUGCCAGGAAAAGAUGGUCUACCUGGACUACCAGGCUUGCCUGGACUGAAAGGAAAUGCUGGAAUCCCAGGAGAACCAGGACAUGCCGGUUUACCAGGAAUACCUGGUGAAAAAGGAGUCGCAGGUCAACCUGGCUUCCCUGGUUUGCCAGGCCAGAAAGGCGAACCAGGUUUUCCAGGUCUUCCUGGAUUACCUGGACCAAAAGGUGAGACAGGACCAAUAGCUACAGGCCCGCCUGGUCCACCUGGGUUUCCAGGCUUGAAAGGAGAUGACGGAUUACCAGGAGCACCUGGUUUGCCAGGGCUAGAAGGUGCACGAGGGUUACCUGGAGCACCUGGUCUAAAAGGCGAAGCUGGAUUGCCAGGUGCCCCAGGUGCACCUGGAUUUCCCGGACUCAAAGGAGAACCUGGUUAUCCUGGAAUUCCUGGUUAG